AUGAGUGUGGAGCUGGAAGAAGCCUGGAAGGACUUGAAACUAUGGCUUUGGGCCGUGAACCGCUAUGCAAAUGCUGUGAAUGGCUUGGGUGGUCAGAACGCCAAGUCGCCACCCAUCAUCGUCAUUGGCACAAAAUUUUUGAAGCGAAAGUUCGAUCAAAAGGAUUUGCGAAAGCGCGUUGACGACUUCAUCACGAGACAGAUGCCAGGUUUGCGUCAGCGGCUCCAAGGUUUUAUUUGCUUAGACAACUUCUCAAGAGAUAUCAAGCAACAAAUGCAUGACCUGAGGAGUCAACUUCAUGAGUUGACGAUGCAAGUGCUCACGACAGAGGAGUCCUGGAAGGAGAAAAGUGGUAGGUCUGAUGUGCCACCGCACAUUGGACUUCAAGCCGAAGCCUAUCCACUUGCGUGGAUCCAAGCGCAUGAGCUUCUGAGCGAUCUGGAUGGUGGUGUCACAAUGAAGGUGAGCCCAAAGCAGUUGCGAGAGAUUUUGGAAGUCAAGGGUGACAUACCUAAACUCCAAGAGGAACUUGCUGGCACGCAUGUGCCGAUGGGGCACCAUGUCAUUGCUCCAGCAGGCUCAGCGGUGCGACGCGUAGUUGAAGGAAGAGAAGAGGGGACUGGCCUCCAACAAGAGAGGAGUGAGCAAUGGAGCAUCGAAAAGCUUCGAAAUCACCUGUCACAACACGAAGAGUCGGUCUCGAUCGAGGUGUCAUGUGACUUCUUGACAUUGGAUCAGGUCAAAGCAUUGCUGGCCAAGAUGAGACCAAAACCUCUCUCAGGGGAUGAUGUGACAGGAGUGCUACAACUCAUGCACGAUCUGGGUGUAGUUUUUUGGUUGGAUGAAGAUGAUUUACGAGAGACCGUGGCCUUGAAUGUGCGCAAACUUUCACUUGCCCUGUCAGCAUUGAUCGGUUUGCGCUAUUGGGAUGAAUGCAAGUUUGAACACAGCGAAGCCUUUCUUAGCAAGUUACAGGGAAGCACACAGGGUGUUUCAGACGAUGUUCUUCGGUUUCAGACAAGUGGUAUUGCAAGCACGAGGCUCUUGGAGUGUGCGUGGGAAGGCUUUACUGAGCUUCAACAGAAAUUGAUGCUGGAGGUCAUGCUACGAAAAGGACUCCUAGUUCGGCGAGCAGUUCUUGGGGAGUACGCGGUGCCGUCUUGUCUUCCUCUCACAUUUUUAGCAGAACCACCUUGCGGGGCAUCAAGCGCUGUUGUUUACGUGAACCUGGAGGGUUUUGUUUCUGCAGUUCUUUUCCCAAAGAUCGUGGAGUACCUUUGUGAAAAGAAAUAUGUUCAAUUGACCUCCCCACCCCAAGCGUUCAGAAACUACAUCGAGCUGCGCUCUGAUGAUGUGUUCAUCAUCAUGUCACUUGCUUCAGUGGCAAAGCAACGAUUGCUACGCAUCCAAGCAAUUGCAGAAGAUUCAAAAGCUGAAGAGGCCAGCCAAACGGCCAAGAGCCUAGCUGAUGCCUUCUCAGAAGCACUUGGGCUUAAGGCACUGCCCUGCACAAAUCCAUCUGACUCCCACAAGAUAGUUCAUUUGCAGGAGAUGCUUGGUCUCAAUUUGUCAGAACAUGAACAUGAACUUCCUGCCCACGUGCUCCUCCAGCACAACCCGUGCCUGAACUUGAAGUGUUUCAGGAGCUGCGAUGAUUGCGCUCGUUCAGAGAUGCUUUCGCUACUUCUCAAUGAACGCUUUCUUCCAAACCUUGGCCUGGAAUUGCGACAGAUCAUCUCCAGCUCCUCCUUGCAGAAGUUCUCCCGGCCAUUCGGAAGCUUUCGGUUUGACAAUGUGUGGUUUCCAGGUGACGUCGAUAUCGAGGAAUAUGUGGUCGUCAAGGUUGAAGGACCAACGCUGGAUGCGGAAGAGCGCAAGGUGGAAGCCCUAAAGAAAUUGAGUGAGGAGAUUCAACGCAUGUGCAAAAACAUCCAGGGUCUUUCGGAUUCAGAAUUGGUCCAAUGCUAUUGGUCCGGUCUCAAGGCUGGAGUCGAUAUCAGUGGUCGCACUUUGACAUGGACAGCGGAUGAAGUCGUGAAGGGAACAAAGGACGGAGUUCCGUUGCACGAAGCUUUGAGGCAGGGCCAUCGGUCCUGGACUGCAAAAGUUGACUUGUUCGCCAAAGUGAAUCUCUUUGCAGAUGUGGAAGGGCAAGUACCCCACUUUCGUGAAGUCACGAAUGUCAUCCGCUUUGGAUAUCGCCAGGAAGGCUCUCAGGAAGGCUCUCACAUCAUCCACCCGGUGACGCAGGAAAAGGAUUUUCUCAAGGCGGUUCAGGACAACAUUCGGGACUACUCUUCGGCGCAUCCGAAGGCCAUGAAGUACGUGAAACGCCUCUGGGAGCGAAGUGCCUUUAUGGCGCAAAGGGGGUUUCACUGCAAGGAGCACUUCCAGAUGUUGGAAGCUUUGAAACCGAUCUUUCGACAUUGGGCGGCGCAACUGGCUCAAAUCUCUGCACAUGCCGAGACAUUAUUGAACAUGUUGGAAUCAACGAGGGUCUCAAAGAAUGUACAGCAGCAACGAGACGCCAUCGAGGACCUGAACGUGCUUGGCAGCGAUGUGGAAGUGCUUUACGAGAAGUGCCAAAGUCUUACUGACGACCCAGCGGCUGAAGAGGGAGUCAAGUGCUUGCAAGAGGUAUUGGACCUUUUGGAUCCCUUCCAACCCUAUGCAGAUGCCGAUGUGGAGAAAGUGAUGGAUGUCCUCAAGCAGGUCGAGGAGCUCAUGAGCUGUUGUGUUGAGCUGGUGAUCAUUAACUGGCUUGGGGACCGCAGCAAAUUCACCAGUCCCGUCUCCAAAGCGCUCCAGGACGGGUGGGUCUUUCCGUCCGAUCACCUUCCGAUUGGUUGCAGCAUCAUGACCGAAGUCGGUGGGUCGAAGGCUACAUUCAACGUCGCGUCGUGGAACGUACUGAACCAACGGUACAUGAAAGACGUGCUCAACGACGCACAGGGCUUGAAGUGUUCCAGCUUGGCUACACAGAGUGUAGGGGACAGGAAGAAGGUUAUUUGUACGAAAGUGGUGGAGAUGCUCGAGCACUCGGAUUUCCACAAGCACAUUUUGUGCCUUCAAGGGUGCUGGCCUGCUCUAUUGGAUCUGCUGGAUAAACAUAUCUCUUCAAAAGGUUUUCUCCUGCUGCGCUGGUGCAAGGAGUCCCCGAACCAGGAGGCGAUGAUUGUCGAUACAAAGAUGUUUGACGUCCAGAUGCCGAAGGACCUUCAAACACAUCAUGUGUUCAAAUCAGACCAGGGGAAGGCUGUCACAGAGGUUCUGCUGUCGCUGAAGAAUGGCAAUCGGAAGUUUCGGAUUGUCACCACGCAUCUUCCUGGCAAGCCUUUUGGCACUGCCCGGCGUGAAUUCUGCGACUUCAUUCAAAAACGGAAGGAGGACCAUGAAGCAAUACCCACCAUUCUCGCUGGCGACCUCAACUUCCCAGAAGAGGCUAUCCGCCCCCUACUGAACAAGCGCGAUGGCAAGAUGGAGAACGUGAAGUUUGUCCCAAUCCCAUAUCCGACCAAUAUAUGUCAGGGAUCUCUUCUUCCAAAGAGGAUUGAUUGCAUUGCAUUGCUGUCGGGCCACGAGAUGGUGAAGGUGAAACCUUUGUCAGCAGAGAAUGUCCUUCCUGGCCUGGCAGACAUGGUGAAACUCUUGGAGUCCAGGUCUUGGGAGCUUGCAGAGGUGAAGAUGGACAUGAGAGAGCAAGCAUAUCAGGCGAGAAUAAAACAUCAAUUGGCCGAACAGAGGAGAAUGGAUGAGGAAAAGAAGAUGCGAAGAGCGGCGCUUGCGAGAGUAAAGAGAAUGGAGGAGGAAGAGAAGAAGCGAAGAACCGAGUUUGCAAGAGAGCAGAACGAGAUGGAAGCGACAAAGGAGGAGCUCGAAGCCACCAAGAAGGCCCUGGAGGAAGAAAAGAGACUCAAGCAGGCAAGAGAAAAGAAGACGGAAGCAAUCGAAGAGGAGUUGGAAUUGACACACAAGCAACUGGAAGAGACGAAGAAGGAGCUGGAGGAAAGGAGCCUGAAGCAGGCAAGGUCCCGCAAUACGCGCGAUUAA